AUGGGUCUCCUCGACAAGCUGUCCCGCAAGAGCGGUGUCAUCGUCGGUGACGACGUGCUCCGUCUCUUUGAAUACGCUCAGCAAAACAACUUUGCCGUUCCGGCUAUUAACGUGACCUCCUCUUCCACGGCCGUCGCCGCUCUCGAGGCCGCCCGCGACAAGAACUGCCCUAUCAUCCUGCAGGUGUCCCAGGGUGGCGCUGCCUACUUCGCUGGAAAGGGUGUUCCCAACGGCAAUCAGGAGGCUUCCAUUGCCGGUGCCAUCGCAGCUGCUCACUACAUCCGCAGCAUUGCUCCCGCCUACGGUAUUCCUGUCGUUCUGCACACCGACCACUGCGCAAAGAAGCUGCUGCCCUGGUUGGAUGGCAUGCUCGACGAGGAUGAGCGCUACUUCAAGAUCCACGGCGAACCCCUCUUCUCUUCCCACAUGAUUGAUCUCUCCGAGGAGCCCGUCGACUGGAACAUUCAGACCACUGCCAAGUACCUGCAGCGCGCUGCUCCCAUGAAGCAGUGGCUGGAGAUGUGGUCUGACGGUUCCUUCCAGGAAAUCGGUAUCACUGGUGGUGAGGAGGACGGUGUCAACAACGAGGACGUCGAGAAGAAGUCCCUCUACACUCAGCCCGAGGACAUCCUGGCCAUCUACAACGUGCUGGCUCCCAUCAGCCCCUACUUCUCGAUCGCUGCUGGUUUCGGUAACGUGCACGGCGUCUACAAGCCUGGUAACGUCCGUCUGCACCCCGAGCUGCUGAAGAAGCACCAGGCCUACGUCAAGGAGAAGACUGGCUCGUCCAAGGACAAGCCUGUUUACUUUGUCUUCCACGGCGGCUCCGGCUCCACCAAGGAGGAGUACAAGGAGGCCAUCAGCUACGGUGUUGUCAAGGUCAACUUGGACACCGACAUGCAGUACGCCUACCUGUCCGGCGUGCGGGACUACAUCCUGAAGAAGAAGGACUACCUGAUGUCGCCGGUGGGCAACCCGGAGGGCGAGGACAAGCCCAACAAGAAGUACUUCGACCCGCGUGUGUGGGUGCGCGAGGGUGAGAAGCAGAUGAGCGCGCGUGUCCAGGUGGCUCUGGACGACUUCAACACUGCUGGACAGUUGUAA